GUGCUAUAGAGAUAAAUAACUCACGCUCUCUCCCCUCUUCUCUCUUCUUUAUCUUUCUUUUCAAGGCUAGCUACUUUAUAUAUUAAGAUGAAACUUGAAAGAGUAAAGAGAAAAAACUGAGAAAAGUGGCUAAAAGCAAGUUGAAAGAAAGAGAAGUCCAUCGUAUGGGAGGCACCUGAUCCCUAUCAUCAGCCAAGAAAGAAAGAAAGAAUAGAGAGAGAUUCCUCAAGAGCUAGCAAAGCUAUACCUAAUUACUCACUCUCUCUCUCUCUCUAGCCAAAUUUUUAUUAUUAGUCAUCUUGGGAUUCUCAAGCUUUUAAAACCACUUAAUUAUAAUCAUCAUGGAGUCUGCAAAUCUCCGCCACCAGCACCAGCUCCCAGACCAGCUUGUUGGGUCUCCUCCACUACCUUUAGGAAUAGGCGCUGCCCCAUCUUGCUAUGGAUUUGGAAGCAGCAGCAACCACCACCACGCAUGGUCCUCAUCACCCACUACUUCUUCCAUUUUCAAUAAUAACUUUGGUAACACCAACCCCAACUACGAUGGAAUGGUCUCAUCAAAGUCGACUAUUAUUACAACAAGGCCUGUGAAAAGUAGGGUUGAUCAUGAUAAUAAUAUUAAUCCAGUUUCUCAUGAUAAUAUUAUUUCUCUCAACUCUUCCAAUAUGGUCAACGUCGAAUUCGAGUUUCCAUGGACCAAUUGUAAUAGUACUACUACUACUAUUACUCAUGAGUCAGCGUACGAUAUGAACCUUGCAGCAAAAAUUGAGGAAGAAUCGGAAUCAAUAUCAUUCCCGAAAUUCGCAGAAAUAUUAAAUAGUUGUACUUCUACUACUAGUACUACUACUAGUGCUACUACGACAAGCAGUACUACUACUAGUCCCUCCAAUAGUAUUAGUAAUGUUAAUGAUGAUUACGGCCACUUUUUUCUCAAGCGUAGAGAUCUCAUCACGACCAGUGGUAGGAAUGGUACUGAUGAAAAUCUCUUGGUCAAAACGUUGUCGUCCUCCACCGGCCAAGUAGUCAACGUAGGGAAUCAGAUUUCAUCAGCUACUUCAGAUCAGUUCGACUCCAACAUUAUGAAUGGUACUUUUGGUGGCUUGAUGGCUGUGGGCUGUCGAGGCCAGUUUAGUCAGAUUUAUCCAAGUAUAAAUAUUUCCAACUUCAACCAAUCGUCGCCGUCGUCCAAUAUCUCGGUCACGUGCAGCUUGGACAUCAACUCUAUUGGUCCUCAUCAGUCUUUAAACGACAUGAACAAUCUUGACGUUUUCAGGGAAAUCCCUUCUAACAAUUUUUGUGGUCUACUACGGCUUGACCAGAUGCACCUACCGCAAAGGCUUUCAAGUGGCCAUAGUAAAGGGAAGCCAUCCUUUAUCAACAGUGAAAUAACAGUAGCUAAAAGAGGAGGCGGUUUGAUAGAGCCAAAAACGACACAGUCUGCACCAAAUAAGAAGCCAAAGAUGGAGUCGCGAACUUCCUGCCCACCUUUUAAAGUUAGAAAAGAAAAAUUAGGAGAUAGAAUUGCAACUCUUCAACAGUUGGUGUCCCCUUUUGGCAAGACAGACACAGCUUCCGUACUAAUGGAGGCUAUAGGAUACAUCAAAUUUCUUCAAAACCAAGUCGAGACACUAAGCGUUCCAUACAUGAAAUCUUCACGGAACAAGAUCACUAAAACAACGCAAAGGGGUGUAAAAGAAGAUGGAAGUGAAUCAGAGCUAAAAGGAGAUCUCAGAAGUCGAGGGCUUUGUCUAGUGCCAUUGUCGUGCAUGUCUUACGUAACCGGCGAUGGUGGUGGUGGAAGUAUGUGGCCACCAGCUAACUAUGGUGGAAGAACUUAGUUAAUUAUAAUUUUAUCCAAAUAAACAGAAUAAUGGUAAUGUUAAUUAUUAGAACUCGCCAUCAGGCAACUCUCAUGAUUGAAUAAUUUGUUACGCUCAUGUGCAUCGAAAGUAUUCUCUAUAAAUAUAUAGCUAGUUUAAUGGAGCAAAUUUGUUCAUCCUGUAAAAGGAAUUAAUCCAGGAUAGACCAAAUUUGAUCCAUUAUUAACAAAUUCAUGUACUGAUGUACCAUUAGUUAAUUAUAAAUGUAUUCUAAAGCAUAGGGUAUUUUUUGCUAA